AUGUCUGAUCCGGCUGCAUCCGUUUCAACUGGUUUAGAAAACAUUGUGAUCUCUAGUGAUCCUCCCGAGACUUCUGAGCAUAGAAAUACUAUGCAACAUGACGAACAUAUCGCCCGUCUGACUCAAGAGAUUGAGGACCUACGUAGCGAACUAAAUCGGGUUAGGGACCUGACCAAUUUAUCUGUUACACUCCAAAGUCCACCUCCUGAACCUAGAAUUGUCGCACCAAAUCCACCUCGAUUUCCAUCACUUGAAUCUCCAGUCCCUGAACACUUUCCUUCGCAAAAUAAUGCACCCACCAACAACAACUUUCCUCCACCAAAUCCAUCAUCCAUCUAUACCCCUCCACAAAGUCAACCACCCAUCCACAUUACCUGUACUCCUCCGCAAAAUCAACCACUUACCUACAAUACCUACGCUACUCCUACUCCACCACCCGUCAACCCACCAAAUCAAUCACAAGUUCACACUCCUUAUAUUCCGUUACCUACUAACACUAAUCCACCACCUACAACUACUCCUCUGAAUCCAUCAAACCAACUACCUACAAACACUAUUUAUAACACACCACCUCCAAUCCAAAACAUUUCCACUGUCCAAACUUAUCCAACCCAAAGAUAUACAGGGGGCACAUUUUGCCACUCCUAA